AUGAGCUCCUCACACUCUUUGCUCGCAGAGGAGCCGAUCAAGCCCAAGGUCGCGGACGCCUAUACUGAUCUUGGUGUGAGCCCAGCAGCCUCGAAAGCCGAGAUCAAGGUCGCGUUCAGCCGCCUCGCUUUGCAACAUCAUCCAGACAAGAAGGCGCCGGGUCAAGCUGUCGAUGCGGCCGACUUCCGUCGCAUUUACGAAGCCUGGGAUCUCUUGAGGAACGAGGAGACCAAAGCCAAGUACGACAAAGGCUAUUCGAAUGUCAUACGCGAGUGGUCAGCGUAUCGAAUAGACCUCGCCGAGUAUCAACGUGAUCCUCAUGAUUGGCAGCAAAAGAAACACGCUGAGAUGAUCAAGCAGCAGAUGGAGUCUGAUCUAAAAGCCAAGGCAGACCGCAAGGCAAACACACGUCGGUCUCAGCCAGAGCCACGAUACGAAUACUAUGAUGACGGCGACAGCGACCCAGAAGAUUUCUGGGAUUAUGGUCCAUACUCGUCAUACGGUUUUCCGUUUGGGGGCGCCUACGCACAUAGCAGCUACAUGCCUGGUGGUUACGGAUACAGUGGUUAUGGCUAUUAUGGCGAGGAUUCAUCGGACGAAGAGGAAGACCUGGAUGGUUGGCUGAGGGAGCAUAUACGUGCACAACGUCGGUGGAACCAAUCCAAUCACUUCGAGCACGAGCAGAAAAACAAGAGGCGACAAGCGAUCAACAAGCGCUGCCUUGAGAAACUCAAGGAGGCCACUGAGCAGCGACAGGCCAAAAGCGAUGGUAUUCGCAUCUCCAGCAUGGAGGAGAAAUGUGCCAUGGCUAAAGAUUGGGUUGAGAGCCUACAACGUGAUUACGCAGCCGAGCUGCACAAAGCAAGUGUGAAGAUGGAAGGAACUAUCGAUGUGGGAUGGGAGAAGAAAAAGGGAAGACAAAAGUGCACCUUUUGCAACGUACAGGUUUCAGAAUUCAGCUUCCGCUGUCCCAGUGGAGGCGCCAUUGCCUGCAAAGGCUGUAAGAGAAAGAUCGAGUCGUCUACACUAAAAAAACCAUUCGCUUUCGUGCACACCGACGCAGCGACCAAAAAGAAAGGCAAGAAGGGCAAGGCGGCAAAGAAGGCGAAGAAGUCAAAACCGAAGCCUGGACCCGAAUCUGAAUCGGGAGAAGAGUCGAGUGACGAAGAUCAAGUUGAAGACGAAGAAGAGCUUGCGAGAAAGGCUGCAGAAGAGGCUGAGCGUAAGGCUGAAGCUGAACGGCAAGAAGAGGAGCGGAAAGCACAACGCCAGGAACAGGAAAAGCUCAAGCGUGACGCCGCCGAACAAGCUGCCCUAGAGAAAGCUGCACGAGAAAAGGCCGAAGCAGAAGAAGCGGCACGCAAGAAGGCAGCGCGAGAGAAGGCCGCACGUGAGGCAGCACAACAGAAGAAAGAUGCCCGUGAGCGAGAGGCACGCGAGAAGAAGGCUGCCCGGAAGAAGGCCACGAAGGAGAGGACUGCCUUGGAGAAAGCAGCUCAAAUGAUAUUAUCAGGGGAGAACGGGACGAAUGUACAAGAAGAACAAGAAAAGGAAGCAAAGGAACGAGAAGCGCAACAGAUACGUGAGAAAAAGAAGCGUGAGGCCAAAGAGGCCAGGGCACGUCAAGCACAUGAGGCUGCCGAGUGUGAGGCACGUGAGCAAGAGAUGCGAGAGAAGAUGGAACGUGAGCAACAGGCACGCGAACAGGCGGUGCGUAACCAAAUGGAACGUGAGAUAGCCGAGCGUGAGGCGAAAGAGAACAUGGAACGCGAGGCGAGGGUAUUGCAAGCAUGUGAGAAGGCCGAGCGAGAAGCCAAGGAGAAGAUGGAACGUGAGGCAAGAGAGCGCACAGAGCUUGAGACAAGGUUGCGUGCGGCUGAGGCGGCUAAAGAGCGUCUUGAGAAAGAGUUGCGAAAGAAAAAGGCCGCUCUUGAGGCCACGGAGCGGAAGGCACAGGAGGCGAAUAAAGCACGAGAAGCGAAAGAGCGAAGGACGCGGGUGGCCGAGGAGAAGAAAGCAAGUCGAAUCGAAGACCAACAAGCCGAGAAGACCUCUGCGCCCACUCCCGAUAGGCCUGUCCUCGCGAUGGCUACCAAUACCACGAAGAAGCCAAACAAGAAGGGACCCAUGUGUUAUUUUUGCGAUCAGCGAGGUCAUCUGGCUCGUGAUUGCGUUAAGAAACAGGCUAAACUCAACGGCGCCGCCAAAGUCACGUCUCGUCCUCCUCCUGCUGAGCCGGCUCCGGCCGUCGAGGCAAUGAGCAAACCCUUGCCACCGACAAUAGUAGCUGAGAAGAUCGUAGUGAAGCUACCAGUUCGUUCGGACCCAAAGGUCGAGCACGACGUAAGUGCGACUUCCACCGGAAACGCGCCUGUCUCCGAAACGUCAUCCAAGGCGAACAAGCCCAAGAAGAGACAGUCCCGUAAAUCUCGCCCGAGGACCAACGACGAAGCCAAUGAUAUUGACACUGUUUCCAUGCCAACUAAUCCGUCGUUUGUCAACGGUGACACUGACGCGUCUGUCAAAAAGCCCAGUAAGAAAGCCCAGUGGGAGAAGGGGCGUGCUAGACCGUGA